AUGCACAUCUCUCAGAAACUCGCCCAGGCGAGGGAAGAGGGGAAGCCAACCUUCUCCUUCGAAUUCUUCCCGCCAAAGACGGCCCAGGGCGUGCAAAACCUCUACGAUCGCAUGGACCGCAUGCAUGGCUUCGGUCCACAGUUCAUCGACCUCACCUGGGGCGCGGGUGGCCGCCACUCGAAGCUCACUUGCGAAAUGGUCAAAGUCGCCCAGUCCGUAUACGGCCUCGAGACAUGCAUGCACCUCACCUGUACCGACAUGGAGAAAUCCAAGCUCGACGAAGCUCUCCGAGACGCAUAUCAAUCUGGCUGCACAAACAUCCUUGCCCUGAGGGGAGACCCGCCUCGUGAAAGAGAAAAGUGGGAAGCUACUGCUGGUGGUUUCCGCUAUGCAAAGGAUCUGGUCACAUACAUCAGGGACAGAUACGGCAAUCAUUUCGAUAUUGGUGUGGCAGGAUACUCGGAGGGCUGUGAUGACAAUGACAAUGUCGACGAGCUGAUCGAUCACUUGAAAGAGAAGGUGGAUGCAGGCGCUACAUUCAUCGUCACCCAGAUGUUUUACGAUACAGACAUCUUCCUAGACUGGGUCAAGAGAGUGCGAGCAAAAGGCAUCGACAUCCCGAUCAUCCCUGGCAUCAUGCCCAUCCACACCUAUGCAGCCUUCUUGCGGAGGGCGCAAUGGACUAGGUGCAAUAUCCCACAACACUGGACCGAUGCUUUGGAACCCGUCAAGAACGAUGAUGUCGAAGUGCGUGAAGUCGGAAGAGGGUUGGUUGCGGACAUGUGCCGAAAGCUGGUUGACGCUGGCAUCCUCCACCUGCACUUCUACACUAUGAAUCUAGCACAAGCCACCCGUAUGGUCCUCGAGGAACUAGACUUACUCCCCGACGUCGAAUCACCCCUGGAGAAACCCCUUCCAUGGCGGCAAUCUCUGGCCCUCAACCGCCGAGACGAGAACGUACGACCCAUCUUCUGGCGCAAUCGCAACCGUUCUUACGUUGCACGCACACAAGACUGGGACGAGUUCCCCAACGGCCGCUGGGGAGACUCUCGCUCACCCGCUUUUGGUGAAUUAGACUCUUACGGCAUCGGUCUGAAGGGUACCAAUGAGCAAAACAUCAAGCUCUGGGGCACGCCUACAUCCAUCAAGGAUCUGUCUGAGCUCUUCGUUAGAUAUAUGGAAGGCAAGCUAGAUUCUUUACCAUGGAGUGAGCAGCCUAUCACCAACGAAGCCGGAUCUAUUCAGCACGACCUCAUCGACCUCAACCGUCGCGGUUUCUUGACCAUCAACUCUCAGCCCGCCGUCAACGGCGCCAAGUCCUCUGAUCCCAUCUUCGGCUGGGGCCCACGCCACGGCUACGUCUACCAGAAAGCGUAUCUUGAGGUCCUCGUCUCACCCGAGUAUAUCGCUGAGAUUAUCACCCGCAUCGAGCGCGAUCCUGAAUUCACUUACUACGCUGUGAACAAGGACGGCGAUCUCAAGACAAACGCUCCGAAUGAGGGCCCCAAUGCUGUCACUUGGGGCGUCUUCCCAGGCAAGGAGAUUGUGCAACCGACCAUUGUCGAGACGGUCAGCUUCCUCGCCUGGAAGGACGAGUUCUACAGGCUUGGUCAGCAGUGGGCGAACUGCCACGCGGGUGUUAGUCCGUCGCGAUAUGUCAUCCAGGACGUAGUGGAUACUUGGUACCUUCUCAACAUCGUACACAACGACUUCCAUGUCACUCGCGGCAUUUUCCCACUUUUCGAUGGCUUGAAGGUCGAAAACAUAGAAAAACCACUUCACAUCCCUAGUGCCGACAUCCCUACAUCGAACGGCCAUCAGGCAACGGAUGGAGCCGAGAGCACAAACGGCGAAACGAGCAAGACCGCUAGCAAAGAGAAGCCCAAGGGCCUCGUUGACGCUGCCAAAGAAACCGCCGUUGAAGUCACCAAUGGCCUCAAGGGUCUAGCGGUGUCCAAAUAA